GGCGGCGAGAGGCGGCGCCGUGGAUGGUCGUAUUCGUGUAUGUGUGCGUGAGAAAGAAAGGAUUGUGACAGACAGGGACAUAUAGUUCACGUCAUUGGAUGCAAGUGAGCAACAAUGAAAGUCAUUUUGUAACUCUCAGGAGGGCUUUUACAUGCUUUUAAGAGACGCAUGUAGGACUCAAAGCAGAUUUGCCGAUGCGUGUUUCCCCGGACUAUGGGUGCUAGCCAGGGCAAAGAAAAAUCUGUGAGUGCUGUGGGUGCGGCCGCCAAACCGAAGACCUCGAAAUAUCGUCAAUCAAACAGGGAUUUAGGAGAACAAAGGCUACCUAAUCGAAGAAAUGUCUUCACUGAACACAAUGAGGCGCUGCUGGCCACCCGACCGCGCCAGCCGUUCCCCGACAUCGGCCUGGAGCCGGACCAGGUGUCACUCGCCUCCAGCGUUACAGGCGGCCGCUGGCAGAGCAAGGAGAACCUGCUCUCGGACGUGGUGGACGACCCGGAGACGUUCGUGGCGCUGUACGACUUCCAGGCGCAGGGUGACAAUCAGCUCAGCCUGCGCAAAGGCGAGCAGGUGCGCGUGCUCAACUACAACAAGUCGGGCGAGUGGUGCGAGGCGCACAAUCUGAAGGGCGACGCCGGGUGGGUGCCGUCCAACUACGUGACGCCGGUCAGCUCGCACGAGAAGCACAGCUGGUACCACGGCGCCAUCUCGCGCAGCGGCGCCGAGUACCUGCUCAGCUCAGGUAUCAACGGCAGUUUUCUGGUGCGUGACAGCGAGUCGAGCCCGGGCCAGCUCAGCAUCUCGCUGCGGUUUGACGGCCGCGUCUACCACUACCGCAUUACUGAGGACGGACACGGCAAGCUGUACGUGACGUCGGAGAGCCGGUUCAACACGCUGGCCGAGCUGGCGCAUCACCACUCGUCACACGCUGACGGUCUCAUCACCUGCCUGCUCUACCCGGCACCCAAGCGGAACAAGCCCACCGUGUUCGCCGUCAGUCCAGGUGCCCGCCACCGGAGAAAGGACCGCAAACGCUCUAAGCACCCGGACAUGUUUGUGAACGGCUCCCUGCCAGCCCGAUCGAAGACGGACAAGUGGGAGAUCGAGCGCACGGACAUCACCAUGCGGCACAAGCUGGGCGGCGGCCAGUACGGGGACGUGUACGAGGCCGUCUGGAAGCGCGGCGGCCGCCAGGCCACCACCGUCGCCGUCAAGACGCUCAAGGAGGACACCAUGCAACUGGACGACUUCCUGGAGGAGGCGGCCAUUAUGAAGGAGAUGAAGCACCCCAAUCUAGUCCGGCUGCUGGGCGUCUGCACGCGAGAGCCGCCCUUCUACAUCGUGACCGAGUUCAUGUCACGCGGCAACCUGCUCGACUUCCUGCGGUCGGCCAACCGCGAGGAGGUGGACGCCGUCGUGCUCAUGUACAUGGCCACGCAGAUCGCGUGGGCCAUGAGCUACCUGGAAAGUCGCAGCUUCAUCCACCGCGACCUGGCGGCGCGCAACUGCCUGGUGGGCGACAACCAGCUGGUGAAGGUGGCCGACUUCGGGCUGGCACGCCUGAUGCGCGACGACACGUACACGGCGCACGCCGGCGCCAAGUUCCCCAUCAAGUGGACGGCGCCCGAGGGACUCGCCUACAACAAGUUCUCCACCAAGUCGGACGUGUGGGCGUUCGGCAUUCUCCUAUGGGAGAUCGCCACCUACGGCAUGUCGCCGUACCCGGGCGUCGACCUCACCGACGUCUACCACCUGCUGGAGAAGGACUACAGGAUGCAGUGUCCACCCGGCUGUCCGUCGCGCAUCUACGAGCUGAUGCAGCAGUGCUGGCGGUGGGGCCCGGCCGACCGGCCCACCUUCCGCGAGAUCCACCACAGCCUCGAGACCAUGUUCCAGGAGUCGAGUAUCGUGGACGAGGUGGAGCAGCAGCUGAAGCGGCACGAGGGCCAGCCGGAGCCGGAGCGGAGCCGCGACGAGGCGCCGCUGGUGGACGCUCUCGCCUCGGGUCCCGUCUCAGCCAAGUCGACCGUGGUCCAGCUGCGGCGCUGCCUCCAACCCUCGUUCCGGGACAGCUCGUACACGGAGGAGAUGGGCGCGUCACAGGGCGAGGACGACUCGGACGGCGGCUCGGAGGCAUCAGACGCGGCCGAGCAGCGCACGCCGGAGACGGAGGAGUCGGCGCGCUCGUCCCGCUCCACACCCUCGCACCUGGCCCGCGCCAAGACGUUCCCGGCGCCGGCGCAGGCGCCGCGCAAGCCCGUCCAGGUGGCGCCGCUCGAGGAGCAUCACGUCAACGAGUCCAUCAAGCGGUACGGCACGCUGCCCAAGGGCGCGCGCAUUGGCGCUUUUCUCGAGUCGCUGCGGCAGAGUGGGCUGCGGCAGCCCGCGGACGGCGGCGAGGCGGCCGCCGCUGCUGCCGCCGCCGCCGCGUCGUCGGACGCUGCCGGCAAUGGUGGAGGCGGCGAGGCCCGCGCGCCUCGUAGCCAUACUGAUGCCGAGGGCGUGCGGUGCCAGCCAGCGGCCGGCGCGCGCAAGCCGUCCGCCAUGGUGCGCUCCAACUCGUCCAACAGCGGCUUCCAGAGCCCGCGCCUGUCGCGGCUCAGUCCGCGCGUGUUCGCGGCGCCGGCGCUGCCGCCGCCCGACGACAUCGACGACGACUUCAUCAUCGACCCGGACUUCCCGCCGCCGCCGCCCAAUCUGAAGAAGCAACUGGCAGGCGGCUCGGUGAUGCAGAGCUUCACGGCCGCGCUGGCCGCCUCCAUCAGUGCCCAGCUGGUCUCGGAGAUCCAGCAGAAGCAGCGCGAGAACGGCGCCGAGGCGGAGGAGCUGCGCAAGGUGGCCAAGUCGACCGAGGGCUCACAGACGGACGAGGCGGUGACUAGCUUCAACCUGCGUUUCGGGCUGCGCAAGACGCGCGAGAAAGUGGAGCGGCCGGCCGGGCCGGCGUCCGAGCGCACCGACUUCCGCGCGCUGCUCAAGAAGCCCGACAAGAACGGCGUGAGGGCCGAGGAGGCGGAGCCUCCGCGGCCGUCUGGCGCCGAGAAGGCCGACAGGGUGGAGCGCUGGCUGGAGAGGACCGGCGCCGGGGCAGCGGCGGGGCCCGAGGCGGCUAGCGGCGACGCUGGGGAGGCGGCCGAGCCGGCGCAGGGCGGCGAGCCGUCGCCCGAUGAGCAGGACAAGCGGCAGAGCGCCGGCAGCAUCAGCAGCCUGCGCAAGAUGUGGGAGGCGGAGCCGGCCGACAAGACGUCCCCCAAGCUGUCGGAGCGCGCACCAGCACCAGCACCAGCACCCGCGCCGGUGUCGCAGCCAGAGCCCAAGCCGGAGCCGGAGCCGGCGGCUGAGACGGGCGUGGAGAGCGUGCGCGCCAAGUUCGAGCGGCGCGUGUGGCCGCCCACUCAGGAGACGGACAAGCCGGUGGUGCCCGUCAAGCCGUCGAUGAAGCCGCAGAAGGUGGCGGCGACGGCGGGCCGCACGCCGGCCGGCGGCCCGGGCGUUUACGCCACGCCGUGCAUCACGACGGCCGAGCGGGCUACGCUCAAGCCGCCGCCGCACCCGACCAGCGCGCCGCCGGCCGGCCUCAGCCGGGCCGCCGGCUCGGCCGAGACCGUGCGCGAGCUGGCGGCGACUGUGGAGCGUGGCCUGGCCGCGCUCGAGACCUCCUCAGCCAGCAGCGCCGCCUGUAUGCAGCUCUCGGACAAGCUGAGCCUGUUGCAGGCCGCCUGCACGGCGCACGCCGACCAGGUGCCGCCGGCCGGCCGGUUCCAGUUCUGCGACCUGCAGCGCCGCCUGGAGGCGCACGCCGGCGCGCUGCGCUCGGCUGGCGCGCGCAACAGCAGCGAUACGCGCAGGCUGCUCGCCGAACUUGCCAACACGCUGCGUGACGUGGUGAACGUGGUGCAGCGAUGAGCGGUCGGCCGGCCGCGGCGCGCCGGCCCUCUAGUUUUGUUUUGUGAUAUCCAUUUUAUUGCGUUGUCAGUGGUUCUCCGACGGCUUUCGUGGGACCAGAGCAAUGUGCUUGAGUUGCUUUCCGAGGUCUCGGUUUGUGCCGACGCGACGUCUGUGGACUGGUUGUGACAUUCCUUCCCGUCUGUUUUUCAAUUCGCCGAUAUCGACUGGUUUAACGCCCAACCGGAUUUCGCUGUUGUGCCGACGUACGAGUGCGAGCGAGCGUCUGUGUGAUGGUGCGGAUGUGAGCAGCGCGCGUGCCUGGAGCUUCGUGUGCGAGACGCCCCAGGUUUUUCUGCGGUGCGCCAAGCCAAAUCUUAAUCUCUGGUUUGUGGACGCGUUCUGUCCACGCGGUACGUCCGGCGCCUGUGGGACUGCCGGCGGCCGCUGGGGUCUGCGGCCUGAGCCGGCGCCGGCUCGCCCU